CGACUUGUUUAAGGAGAAUCGAGUUGACAAGAGUAGGGAAUGGCGUCGAGCAAUCAUCAGACAAUAUUGCAGCUUCCUAAUUUUGCUACUAGCGUUUCAGCGAAGGUUCAGCCUCUCGUUAUCUUCACCAUAUGCGAUUGUUAUGUCCGCCGUCCUGACCAGUCCGAGCGAGUCAUCGGAACUCUCCUUGGAUCCGUCUUGCCUGAUGGAACCAUUGACAUUCGAAAUUCUUAUGCUGUUCCUCACAACGAAUCCUCCGACCAGGUUGCAUUGGAUAUAGAUUACCAUCAUAACAUGUUGUCAUCCCACCAGAAGGUUAAUCCAAAGGAAGUCAUUGUUGGAUGGUUUUCAACUGGUUUUGGUGUUACAGGAGGUAGUGCAUUGAUCCAUGAUUUUUACUCCAGGGAGAUUUCAAAUCCAAUCCAUCUUACUGUUGAUACUGGAUUUAAGAAUGGAGAGGCUAGCAUAAAAGGUUUUGUUUCAGUUAACUUAUCUCUGGGAGAUCAUCAACUUGCUGCACAGUUUCAAGAAAUCCCAUUGGAUUUAUGCAUGGUUGAAGCUGAGAGGGUUAGCUAUGAUGUCCUCAAGAGCACAAUGGCGGACAAACUGCCCAAUGAUUUGGAGGGAAUGGAAGCAUCAAUGGAACACUUGCUUGCACUUAUAGAAGAUGUCUACAGAUACGUUGAUGAUGUGACGGAAGGAAGAGUUAUGGCAGAUAAUGACAUAGGAAGAUUUAUAUCCAAAACGGUUGCUUCCAUUCCCAAAGUUCCAUCUCAAGCUUUUGAUAAGCUUGUAAAUGACAGUUUGCAGGACAAUUUGCUGGUUCUGUAUUUGUCGAGCAUCAUGAGGACUCAACUGAGUUUGGCGGAGAAGUUGAAUACUGCGGUUCAUGCUUUGUGACGGGCUAGCUGUUUGUUGUUGCUAUGUUUUUCAAUUUGUUUCCUAGCUUCUGCAAUUUUGGCCUCCACUGUUAAUUCUGCAAUUGUGGUUGUGUUACUUGAGAGCAAUUUUUAGUUUGUUUACUUUUAUUUUGGUAAUAUAUAUUUAUUAUAUAAAUGAUAUUCAAUUUUUUAA